CAGACCCAGCCCGACUUUCCCAUCCCACUGAGAUCCUGCUGGAAGCUCUGCGGCAGCAUGAGCUCUGCAGCCGGGUUCUGCGCCUCACGCCCAGGGCUGCUGUUCCUGGGGUUGCUGCUCCUGCCAGUUGUGGUCGCCUUCGCCAGCGCUGAAGCUGAAGAAGAUGGAGACCUGCAGUGCCUGUGUGUGAAAACCACCUCCCAGGUCCGUCCCAGGCACAUCACCAGCCUGGAGGUGAUCAAGGCUGGACCCCACUGCCCCACUGCCCAACUGAUAGCCACGCUGAAGAAUGGGAGGAAAAUUUGCUUGGACCUGCAAGCCCCGCUGUACAAGAAAAUAAUUAAGAAACUUUUGGAGAGUAAGCUACUAGCUGACUAACUGUGUGCAUUUGCUAUAUAGCAUACUUUUUUUUCCAGUUUCAAUCUAACUGUGAAAUAACUUCUGAUAUUUGUGUUAUCUUUAUGAUUUUAAAUAAACAAAAUAAAUCAAGUUGUAGUAUAGUCAAAAUACUUCUUAAUAAUAGUGCAAAAAUUGUGUUGACACAUAACAAUUUCAUGGAAGAAAAAAUUCCGGUAUUUUAAGCAAAAAGUAUUUUGAAGGAAGGUUUGAAUACUGGUUUUGCUUCGUGUUACAUGUUGGCUGAUACAUAUUCAUGCAUUUACAUGAUUGCAGUACUUUAUAGCUACAUAUUUACCUUGACCAUUAUUAUUACUUUUGCCAAUAAAUAUUAGUAGCAC